UUUUAGAAUCACAUCUUGGUUAUUGGAAUUUAAAAAAAAGAAAAAGAAAGAAAUACAAUGGCCUGUUUGGCAAGAUUAAAAUCUGAUGUAAAAUCAUUAAGCGAAAUAUUUCCUCGUACACAUCCAUUAUUUCGUGUUACAUUAGCUACUGUGGAUGAAAUUUCUUGUUUGUUUAUUGUUCGUAAUAAUAAUAAUAAUAAUAAUGAUGAUGAGAAAUUAUUAUCAUUGGAAAAAAAAUUUAUAAUCAAUGCCAAUAUAACUGAAACUUAUCCACAUGAUCCACCUGUUUGGUUUUCUGAAUCGGAUGAUAUUUCACCAACAUUACAAACAUUAACAUCAACAACUGAUAAUAAUAAUUUUAUUUUACGUCAGGUUGCUAUCCUAUUGGAACAUCUUUGCAAUCAUUUUUCCAUUCCAAAACCAAUGGAUGAAUUGACCAAAUUGAAUCAUCUUUGGUUGAAUCCAAAUAUUACGACAAACAUAUUGAAUCAACGCCUUUAUCAUCAACAAAAUAUAAAUAAUAAUAAUAAUAAUAAUAAUAAUAAUGUGAAAGCAUCAUCAUCAUCAUCAAUGAUUGAUUCAUCAUCAACAACAACAUUUACAAUGCCAUUUUCAUCAAUAACAUCAUCAAGUAAUGGUGCUAUUGAUCAAUCUUUAAAUAAUUCUGUAUCGAUGAUGGAUAAAUCUUCUUCGAGAGAAACAUCAUCAUCAUCAUCAUCAAUAUUAUCGAAUCAUGUAUCAUCAAGUUCAUCAACAUCAACAUCAUCAAUUACAUCAUUGAAUUCAUUGUCAAAAAUGACAACGACAAAAAUGAAUACAACAACACAACAGCAACAAGAAACAAUAAUGUCUAAUGGUAUCAUCUCUGCCAAUAAUAAUAAUCAUCAUCAAAGUUCAAUCUCUUCAACAAGUGGUAAUGAAAUGGUUGCUAGUUCGAAUGGUACUGUUAAUCAUUCUGAUGAAUUAAAAUCUAACGGUGGUGGUGAUAAUAAUGAAGCCGAAGAUGAUGAUGAUGAAGAUGAUGAUGAUGAAACCGAUAUGCAUAUAGAAAUGGAAGAUGAAACACAAAAUGAACAAAAUAAUUCCGAUGGUAUUAGUUCGGAUAAUUGGGCGCAUUUAGAACGUAUACGACAAAGUCAUCAUCAAUUUUUUCAAAAUGGAAAUUAUAGUUUUUCAGUACAAGCUACUGAUCGUUUGAUGAAAGAAUUACGUGAUAUAUAUCGUUGCGAUAGUUUUAAACGCAAAGUAUUCGAAGUACAUCUGGUUAAUGAUAAUCUUUAUGAAUGGAAUGUACAUCUGAAAAAAGUUGAUCCCGAUUCACAACUGCAUAGUGAUUUACAAGCAUUAAAAGAUAAAGAAGGCCAUGAUCAUAUUACAUUGAAUGUAACAUUCAAAGAAAAUUAUCCAUUUGAGCCACCAUUUAUUCGGGUGGCAUCACCAUUUAUAUCUGGUGGUUAUGUAUUAGGUGGUGGAGCAUUAUGUAUGGAAUUGCUUACGAAACAGGGAUGGAGUAGCGCAUAUUCAAUGGAAGCGAUUAUCUUACAGAUCUCAGCAACAUUGGUCAAAGGAAAAGCAAGAAUAAUAUUUAAUGGACAUCGGGGCCAAUAUAGCCUUGCAAGAGCACAACAGUCUUUCCGUUCUUUAGUUUCUAUACAUGAAAAAAGUGGAUGGUAUACACCACCACAAGAAGAUGGUUAAAAUGAUAAUCUUUUUUAGGAAAAGGUUAUCGACCGAUUCUCAAAUUUCGCCAAUCACGGCCAUCAUCAUCAUCAAUAUUUUAGGAAUGACCGUUGUAUUUUUUUCUCUCACCU